GAAACACACACACACACACACAACACACAUAACAAAACAUAACAGUGAUUUUGGCAGACCCACAUAUAAAUAAAGCCAACCCCAAAAACCCACCCAUAUUAUUCUUCCAUACACACAAUCCCAUACACAACCAUCACAACUAGAUUUUCUGUUUCCUUUUUUUUUCUUUUCCUUUCCUUUCCUUCGACACCUGACUUUUCUCCUCAUCUCUCUCUCUGACACUCACUCCCUGAAACAAAGAAAGAAGACCAAAGAGAUGAGCGACGACGAUUGGGUCAAGGCCGCCAUGUUUGCCGACGCCAUGGUCGCCGACGUUCUCCUCAGCCUCAGGAGAACCGACCGCCAGCCGCCGCCGCUGAAGCGAAGCUCGCCUGCUCCGCCUCUCGACUGGAGCGUCAGGCAGCGGCGGUCGAGGCACCCGGCGAGACAUCACGGCGUGGAGAUGAAGAAGAUAAGGAAGACGGAUGGCGAGCCGGCAAGAGCCAGCCCGACGACGCCGCUCUCCUGGAGCGGCGCCGCCUCCGUCAGCGGCGGCUCCGAGGAGUCCAGCAAGCCGCCUAAGCCUACCGGUGGGUCGAGAUCUAAGGUUUCUGUUAGGAGUGAAGCAACAACUUCCAAGAGGCCAAGAAAGAAGAAGACAUUGGCUGAACUCAGAGAGGAGGAGACUUUGCUAUUGAAGGAACGGAAAAGAUUGAGAAAUGAAAUAGCAGCUAUGCGUCACAAUAUGGAGAAACAAAGAGUCACAAACGAAAGCUUGAAUAGAAUGAAGCUUGAUUUGGAGUCUCAGCAGAAAACAAAGACAGUUACAGCAUUUGCUCUAUCCGACAAAGCGAUUACUGACCAACCUAAACAAGUUGAUUCAGUUUGUGAACCUCAGUCAAUCAUGCCAACAGAUGUUCAUUGCAAUGGUCUUGAUGCUCUAGAACGUUCAUGUGCGUCAAACGAGUCUCGUAAACUGAAGGAGCUAGAAGCUCGAGAAACCGCAUUUUCCCUGCCCGAUCUAAAUCUUCCGGCAGAAGGGGAUUUGGGCUCUGAGGUGUUGUGUGGAAUGAGCUGAGAAUGAAGAAGCAUUAGUUAUAGCUGUGAAGAAUCAGAUGUAUACUGAUACUCUGUUUACCUAAUUAUGGGGAUGAAGAUCUUCAAGGCUCAUUUUUUAAGCUUAUUAAGGUAGAAUCCUUCCAUCCUAACCAAUGCUUGUAGGUUCAAUGUAUUUCUAAUUGUAUAGUACAAAACCAAUUACUUCAACUGCAUCUUUCUUUAGAUGCGAAUUUUUUUUUGGGGUCUUUCUUUUUUUUUUUUUGGGGGGGUCUAUAGACGAAGUUAAUGAGGGGUAGUGAGUAGAGAUCCUAACCCAUUAGUUAUUAUAGUUCAUUCUUCAUGACA